UGAUAAUUAAAAAGUUUUGUAGAGACAGAGAGCUGAGAUUGCCUUGCCACGCACUGGUAGAUUAGAUAUAUAUAGCUGCGUGAGUGGACGUCACGAAGGGGAAGAGUGUGUGGGGGUUGAGCUAGCUGCCUGCUAUUACAUCCUAAAAAGUAAACCCUAGUGGAAAUUCUUCUUCGUAUAUAUCUCUUUUUUAUACGAGUCCCAUUCCUUUGACGUGCUUUUUACGGUAGCAUUUGCGCUUCCCCGCCGGCGUAGUGACCGGCCGUCAACUUUCUCACAUCACCCCUUUCUCAAUUGAAACCCUCCCCUUCCUUUAGCUCUCCCAUCAUAAAUAAUAGCCUUUUAGAAGCAGUAUCCCCACCACGAAGAAAUGAUUGGGCACUACUCCAAUUUAACUGUUCCAUACCAUGCAACAUCUAUCUAUGUCUAGAGAGAGAGAGAGAGAGAGAGAGAGAGAGAAUUAAUUUUAGAUUAAUUUUUCGUGGAGGCCGGAUAUGGCUUCAUCAAGUAGUAAUGGAGGUGGUGGUGGGGUUCCACCGGGUUUCCGUUUUCACCCAACGGACGAAGAGCUUCUUCACUACUACCUGAAGAAGAAGGUGAGUUUUGAAAAGUUUGAGAUGGAGGUUAUCAGAGAAGUGGAUUUGAAUAAGAUUGAGCCAUGGGACCUCCAAGAGAGAUGUAGGAUUGGAUCGACGCCACAAAACGAGUGGUACUUCUUUAGCCACAAGGACAGAAAGUACCCAACUGGUUCAAGAACAAAUAGGGCAACAAAUGCGGGGUUUUGGAAGGCUACAGGCAGAGACAAAUGCAUAAGGAAUACCUUCAAGAAGAUUGGUAUGAGGAAAACUCUUGUUUUCUAUAGGGGCAGAGCUCCACACGGUCAGAAGACGGACUGGAUCAUGCAUGAAUACAGGCUUGACGAUGCUGAUGAUCAAGGCAACUCCAGUGAGGAUGGAUGGGUGGUUUGCAGGGUAUUCAAGAAGAAGAACUUAUUCAAAGUUGGAGGUGAAGGUGGUGGAGCUAGUAAUAUCAUGGCCACGGACCAGCUCAAUACUAAUAGCUCAAAUGGAAAUCCAUCUCGUACCACCUACAUGCACCACAGGGACAACCAUCAAUAUAUAAUGCGUCACCAACAAAGCUUUGAUCUAUACAAGUCCAGUGAGCUGGCACUUAACUAUUCUCAUGUUCCAUUACCUAAUUAUCAUCCCCACAUCAAUAUCAUUCAAGAACAAAACCUGAUCCCAACCCACAAGUUGAUGGGUUACGAUUACUCGGCUCUUCCAUCAGACUCACCAUUGAUGGUCAAGCAACUUAUGUCCUCCAACCCUAGAGAUUGUGAAAGUGGAAGCGAUCAGAACCUGCAGUACCAAGCGUGCGAGCCUGGCUUAGAGGUUGGAACAUCAUGUGAACCAUCACAAAAUAUGGUUGGUGGAAGAGAUCAUCACGAAAACAUAAACGAAUGGGGAAUGCUUGACCAUAGCAGGAUUGUAGCUACUAGUCCUCAUCUUGGCCAAGAAGACUCUUUGUCCAAAGGUCAUGAGCAUGUGAGGUUUGGGGAUGCAAAUGAACCAUCAAUACAGCCGAUGAAUCCAUUGUCACUUCGCGGAGAGAUGGACUUUUGGGGAUAUGGAAAGUAGUUUCUGAUCUUAAAACAUUUCAUACAUGAAUUGGUCUAUAAGGGUGCCAAGAUUGAGUUUAUAGCCAUUCUUAACUUGAUUGUUGUAACAUUUACAAACUGUUUCAUUUAUAUUGAAAUUA